AGAGUAAAACAACCCGGAAAAACAUUGCGUUUGGCGAAACUGUGGAAAGUGACAUACAUUUCGGCAUUUUAACGAUAAGUCAUGGCGGGUCAAGAAACUGAGAGCUACCAAAAAGGGGAAGUCGGAAGUUAUGGUUCAGAUCUUGAUGCUGAGCCCCCGACCCCCGUGUUGCGCAUCAGCCAGCUGGACGCUCUCGAGCUGGACUCCGCCCUAGAGCAACUCCUGUGGACCCAGUUCUCCCGGUGCUUCCAGAACUUCCGGCCCGGCCUGCUCACCCCCGUGGAGCCCGAGCUGAGGGCCCUGCUUCACCUGCUGCUGUGGCGAUUCACCCUGUACUCUCACAGCGCCACGGUAGGCCAGUCCAUCCUGAGCCUGCGCUACCACGCCGCGUCUGACUCGUCCCCCCGCUACCGGCCACUCUCCCCCAGGCAGAAAGUGUGUCUGGCCCUGCUCACCGUUGGUCCCCGGUGGCUCCAAGAGCGCUCCCACCUCCUGCUGCCAUGCUUUGGUCUGAGUUCAAGAGGGUCCCACGCCGAGGGAGAUUGCGGUUUUCUCCGAAAAACUCUCCACAGUUCUCUGACCGUCGUUUCUGGAAUUGCAAAGUUGGCGAGUCUGGUCAACUUCCUGGUUUUUCUAAGGCGUGGCCGUUACCCCGCCCUCGCCGAAAGAAUCACAGGAGCUCAGGCGGUUUUUAGCAAACCCAAUGUAGUCAGGGACGUAAGUUACCAGUACAUGAACCGGGAGCUGCUCUGGCACGGCUUUGCCGAGUUCCUCAUCUUCCUGCUGCCUCUGAUCAACACCAGGAAACUGAAGGCAGCCGUGUCGUCCUUUGUGUUCGGGGAGAAAAGUUCUGGUGAAAGAAGCAAAAGCGAGGCGCAGGAAGUGUGGAAAGAGUGCGGGCUAUGUGGAGAGUGGCCCACCAUGCCCCACACAGUGGGCUGCCGGCAUGUUUUCUGCUAUUAUUGCAUCAAAAGCCACAGCAUCGCAGAAUCUUACCUCACAUGCCCUAAAUGUGGCGCAGAAGCGAGUGAGAUAGCGCCUUUUGAAAUGGACACACUGGUGGUUGGCAGGUGAUGAGUACAUCCUCAUUUAGGAUAUGUAGGAUCCUCCCAAAGUCUUCCUGAAGUUUUCUGCUCUGUAAAUGGGCACAUGCAGAAACAUAUGAUGUUAGUAUGUGAAUACAUAUCCAGUAAUUUGGUUCAACCAUUUCCUUGCCUUUUUCUUUUAAAUUAAAGACUUAAUAGUCAUGUUUUUAUGACCGAAUUUUUCUUAAUUAUGACUUGUCUGUGCACAUGCUAUGUUUAAUGCAUGUGUGCGUAUAUUGACUGUCUUCUGUACCCUUUUUCUCGGGCUGGACUUUGGAUAUAACUAUUUGUCUUUGGUGCACUGGACAGACUACAGAGAACCACGCAAAGCAUAUAUUUGAUGAGUGAAUUUGUUGAUUUAUGCUUCAAAUUGGCUCUGUGAUGGUGUGCGUGUAUGUGUAUGUGUGUGUGUGUGUUUGUUGAAAUGGGAAUAUUUGUUCUGAUGAAAAAUGCAGAAAGUCAGCUGAAUAAAUAAUGGGAGGAAUUUCUGAUGCCUCUCAUCAUGGCCAAAUUAGCAUUUGUUGUGUAUUUUGUGCCUAAAUUGUAUUUCAACAUCAUUAAAAUUGAUAGAGUG